AUGAUGCUAACUAGGAAAGAUGAUGAUUCCAGAUUUUUCGACAAGGCAACAAUCAUAGCACCCGAAGACCAAAUCAAAACAGAUGGAUCAGCAGCCAAUCCAUGGAGACUUUGCGGUAUGCAGCAAGGGGAAGAAGUGAAAUGCUUGCCGAGAAUGAUUCCAAUAUGGGUUGCAGGCAUUCUAUUCCAAGUUUCUGUGGUCCAACAACAGAACUAUGUAGUCUUCCAAGCCCUUCAAUCCAGUAGACGCCGAAGCGGUUUCAAGAUUCCAGCAGCAACCUACAAUGUUUUCGCGAUAAAUACAAAACAAGAAGAUGGUAUCACACUGCUUCAGAGAAUGGGUAUUGGCUUAGCCCUCUUGAUAUUGAGUAUGUUAGUUUCAGCCUUGGUUGAAACGCGAAGGAGAAACUUGGCUUUCACAACAAGACCAACAUUAGGAUUUGAACCAAGAAAAGGAGCAAUUUCUUCCAUGUCAUUCUGGUACAUUUCUCAAUUGGCACUAAUAGGACUAGCCAAAGGGUUUACCUUCAUUGGCAAGAAUGAACUUUUUCUACAAACAGUCCCCAGAAAACAUGAGGAGCAUUAUUGCUGCAUCUUUGGUGCUGUGUGGUGUGGCAUUGUCGAGUUAUUUGUGUACAUUAAUAGCAUCAAUCGUUCACAAGACAACCCGAAUAGAGGCGAAAGGAAGCUGGUUGGCGGAAGAUCUCAACAGGGGAAGAUUGGAUUACUUCUACAGUUCUACUCCCUGGUUGCUGCUUUAAUGGCUUUGAAUUUGGUCUAUUUUCUGGUGUCUGCCAAGUGGUACAAGCACAAAGAAACAGCAAAAAUACCCAAGACGUGA